AGAAUUCUGUGAUCACGACUAGAUGUAUCAAGUGUAAUGAUACCCUGUUGGUUGUUCUUAAGACCGAAACUUGAAAGCAACAGCUGAGCUGAGAGUAUUUAAAUGUACAAUCACAUGGCUAGUUGAAUGCUAAUACUCUGUUGUGUUUUCUGGAGUCCAAACUUCGCCAAUCGUGAAUCUGUGUCUUGUGUUACGUAGGUUAGGUGUUUCCUGAAAUUUAUAGUGUGUGAUUCAUAUUAUCAUGAGAGACUUGAAGAUUUAAUUUUAUAACCAAUGCCAUUAAUAUGUCAUUUGUAAGAAGAACAGCUAUGAACUUGUUGACUUCUUUUAUGAAAUACAAUUGUGGUAGGUGUAACCAAGUUUAUUCAUCACUUAAGCAAUUAACAAUUCCAAAACAGCACUUUCAUACUUCUUCUUUAAUUUUUCAUGGUGAAUAUGAAUGGCAAGAUCCUAAAAAUGAAGAAGAUGUUGUUAAUGUAACUUAUGUGGACAAAGAUGGAAACAAAAAGUGUGUACGUGGAAAAGUUGGUGAUAACCUUUUGUACUUGGCUCAUAGGCAUGAAAUUGAAAUGGAAGGAGCCUGUGAAGCUUCCCUAGCUUGCACAACCUGUCAUUGUUACGUUCAAGGAGAUUAUCUGUCAAAGUUACCAUCUCCAGAUGAACUAGAGGAGGACUUAUUAGAUUUAGCUCCAUUUUUAAAAGAUAAUUCAAGACUGGGUUGCCAAAUUAUUUUAACUAAAGAAUUGGAUGGCAUUGAAGUACAUUUACCGAAAGCUACCCGCAAUUUUUAUGUUGAUGGGCAUAAACCAAAGCCUCACUAAAAUCUAAUUAUCAAAGACUAUUCAUAGUGAUUUAAAUAGUAAUCUAUAGUAAAUUAGGCGUUAGUAUACUAGGGCUAUCCUUCAAAUAACAUAGGUGUGAAACUGUCUCUGAAACCUCAAGUUUAAAACUUCUUUGAAAUUAGGUAUUGAUUAAACAGUACAAUAUUAUCGAAUUGCGACAUGGGCUAUGUAGAAGAGGCUGUGACGUCGUCCACACGGGCCGUAGAGUUUGACCGUGCUGGACAGCUGGAGGUAGCCAGCUACUACUACAGGGAGGCGGCCAGGCUGCUGGAACUGGCAUACAAGCACGGGCCUGAGAAUGAGGAAAAACCUAAUUGGUGGCGGAAGGCUCAGGAGUACAAAGACAGAGCUGAAGUUUUAAAUAAACAACGUCUGGAGAGCCAAGAGCAGCAGGUUCAGAGUGCUGAGCAGUUGAAGCUCCAACGUUGCCGAUUCCUGCUGAGUCACGCUCUGGACGCUGACGAGUCUGGAGACAAGGAGGCAGCAGUGCAACUUUACACUCAGGCAGUGGAACAUAGUCUUGCCGCAAGAAGUGAAACUUCGGACACGGAGAUCCACCAGAAACUGACAGCUCUCGCAAGGCAGGCUCUGGAGAGGGCAGAGGACCUCAAGGGGAUUCGGCAAACACAGAAGUUGUCAUCUGUUGAGGAGGGUGACAGUGCUACCACCCCACCCAGUUCACCCGCAGCGGACCCUGUCAAACCCAGGCCUACAAACACUAUAGUACGAAACUCAGUGAACAACGCACGUCCUCCUCCGCUGCACAGAGGGAGCAGUGCCCAUCUCAAAGUCAGCGGCAAGGACACUUAUUCCGAUGAAGAAAAGAGGGUACUGUUGGCCACAUCCAGAAUUAACCAGAUCGAUUAUGUUCCCUUCAUGAGUGUCGAUCUCUCGGAAAGGUAAGUAACUUAUUCGUAGUG